AUGGCUGCUCUAGACACGUCUUGCCUGGUCGGCCCAGUAGCGUUCAAGGACUUGAACUGGAAGGACGAGGGCGAGAUGGUGAUCGCCCCGCCGGAUGAGAGCGCGGACGACAUUGUUGCCUCCCUGCCGAGCAACACAACGGGCCCCAACCUUGAGCUGCGGCAGUACCAGGGUGUGUGGAUGCUGGGCACGGUGGUUCCCGGGCUCAUCGCCCUCCAGCGUCGCUUCAGAUCUCGGCCGGGCGAUGUGCUCCUCGCGAGCCCUGUCAAGUCCGGCACAACCUGGAUCAAGUCGCUCACCUUCGCCACCAUGGCACGGUUCUCCUACCCUCCCUCUGCCGCUGACCACCCGCUCCGCCGCCUCAACCCGCACGAGUGCGUCCCCUACAUGGAGGAGGUCUUCCUGCACGGCCAGGAAGCCAAGCUGGAGGCGCUGCCGUCGCCUAGAAUCAUGCACACGCACCUGCACUACUCCCUGCUGCCUCGCUCCCUCGCCAAGUGCAAGACCGUGUUUGUCUGCAGGGAGCCCAAGGAUAUGGUUGUCUCCCUAUGGCACUUCCUCAAUAGAGCUGGAGUGAACUUCUCCUUCUCGGAGGUGUUCGAGUUGAUAUGCGAUGGCAGGAACCCCAACGGCCCAUUUUGGGAGCACGUCCUGGGAUACUGGAGGGCCAGUAAAGCCAGGCCGGAUGGAGUUCUGUUUCUGAGGUACGAGAAGAUGCUAGUCGAUCCGGUCAGCACCGUCCGAGAGCUCGGGCGGUUCUUGGGUGUGCCAUUCUCGGUGGCCGAGGAAGCGGCGGAGCUGCCGAUGGAAAUCUGCAAGCUGUGCAGCUUCGACACCAUGAGAGGCCUCCAAGGAAACAAAACAGGAAGCACUGGGGAGUUCAACUUUGCCCACCAAAGCUAUUUCAGGAAAGGGAUCGUAGGGGACUGGGUGAACCAUAUGACGCCUAAGAUGGCCCGCCGCAUCGAUACCACUGUCGAGGAAAAGCUUCGGGGAUCGGGGCUCACCUUCACCUCUUGA